GAUAUAUCGAAAGUCGACAUUUACAGUAAAACCGGUGUAAGGCGCAUUUAUCGUGUGUCUACUUUAUCAAUACGAAAACAUAUAAUAAAUAUUAGAAUUUUGUAAGAAAAUAUUCUUGUUAAAUAUAUUCAGAAUUUAUAUUACACUGUUAAAAAAUGUCUAAGAUAUUUACUCCGACGAAUCAAAUAAGGUUAACAAAUGUUGCGAUUGUACGAAUGAAGAAAACUGGUAAAAGAUUUGAAAUAGCUUGUUAUAAAAAUAAAGUCAUUUCAUGGAGAAACAAAUUAGAAAAUGAUAUAGAUGAAGUACUUCAAACGCACACAGUUUUCGCAAAUGUGUCUAAAGGUCAGGUAGCCAAAAAGGAAGAUCUUUUAAAAUCAUUUGGUACAGAAGAUCAUACAGAAAUUUGCAAAGAAAUUCUUGCUAAAGGUGAAUUACAAGUUUCUGAUAAAGAAAGGCAUUUAGCUAUAGAUUCUAUGUUCAAGGAUAUUGCCACAACUGUUGCUGAGAAAUGUAUAAAUCCAGAAACAACAAGACCUUAUCCAAUAUCUAUGAUAGAAAAGGCUAUGAAAGAUAUACAUUUUUCAGUUAAACCUAAUAGAAAUGCAAAACAGCAAGCUUUAGAUAUUAUUCCACAACUUAAAACUGUAAUGCCAUUAGAACGAGCACAAAUGAGACUAAAAAUAACAAUAUCUGGCAGAGAGGCAAAGAAAUUAAGAGAAAAACUAUUAAAAACAGUAAAAAAGAUAGAAAGUGAAAAUUGGGACAGUGGAACAUUAGAUUUAGUCUGCCUAAUAGAUCCUGGUCAAUUUAAAGAAAUAGAUGAACUAAUAAGUUCUGAAACUAAACGUACUGGAUUAUUAGAAGUUCUUAACUUAAAAGAAAUUGCAGAAGGAGAUGAAAUUUUAGAGUGAAGUAUCAAAAAAAUAUAUUAAAGAUACGUUUAAUUGUAUUCAAUUCAUCUUGUUUUAAGUUUCUAGAAAAUAGUGCACAGAAAUGUUACAUCUUAUGUUGUACAAGAGUUCUGGUGCUAUCAUAAUUCGUAGAACUUUUUACGUAUUUAUUAUAUUUUUUAGUUAAUAAAAUUAUUUACAAUUA